AUGGCCACCAAAAACCAGUUGUCCGAUGCAGCCAAGUCACUCGACCGCGUUGAAUCCCACGAUGGGUUGGAACUUGGACAAGCUUCUUCACUUCCAGAAGAGGCGCAUUUCGACGAGAAGACCGCGGCGACGAUACGGCAUCGGAUUGACUUGCGAUUGAUUCCUCUGCUUGGAGCCAUAUACGGCAUAUCUUUGAUGGAUCGCACCAACAUGCCCAACGCUGCCAUUGCGGGGAUGCUGACGGAUCUGAAAUUGAGCCACGGUCCGCGCUAUAACCUUGUCAACAUGUCCUUCUUCAUCACCUAUAUCCUGCUUCAGCCUGUGAUGGUUAUCAUUGGCCGAAAAGUGGGGCCCAGGACCUUUCUUCCAUCGAUCUGUCUUGCUUGGGGCGCCGUCAUCAUCGGUUUUGGUUUUGCAAAGAACUGGCCGACCCUCCUCCCACUACGGUUGCUGCUCGGUGCCAUGGAGGCCGGGUACUUUCCUGGGUGUCUCUACCUCCUGUCCUGCUGGUACACUCGAUUUGAAGUUGCUCGUCGGUAUUCCUCGUUCUACCUCAUAGGCAGCGUAUCCUCAGCGCUCUCGGGGAUCCUUGCAUACGGCCUUCAGCAAUUAGAUGGACUUGCCAAUCUCAGCGGAUGGAGAUGGAUAUUUAUCAUGGAAGGGGUCAUAACGUGCGCCAUUGCAUCGUUCGCAUUCAUAUUUCUCGUCAAAUUUCCCGACAAGGAAAGGGUUAAGCCCUCCUGGGGGUUCCUCUCCCCUGACCAGCUGGAAUUCCAGAUUGAGAGAUUGAACGCUGAGCGCCGUGACGUUGAACUCGAGGAUCUCACAUGGAAACGCUUUUUCCAGCCUGCGACCGAGUGGUACAUCUACGGGUUUCCUUUCAUUUUAUUCCUUAUCAAUGUCACAGCGUACGCAUUUGCCUUCACCCUUCCGAUAAUCCUGCGAUCCAAGCUUGGCUUCAAUGUAGCCAUGGCCCAGUGCCUCGUUGCGCCACCCUAUGUGCUGGCCGGUGCCAUUAUGUAUCUGGUUGCAUGGUACUAG